AUGGUCUCCCGCGUCAGUUCUCGUGAACGACCAAGGCCUUUAGUAUCAGAAUCAAUAAUUGAUGCUCCUAGUCAGCGAUUCUACGCCAUUGGCGUACUCAUAGCACUUCAAGCUUACAAAAUUUACGAUCUUUUCAAGUUAGGGACUAGUAGUUAUUUAGAGGGUUCAAAGACAAGUUUCUUGGUAAAAUGGAUACUAAUAGACGCUUUAUAUUUGCAGAUUUUACCUCGUUUCCGUAUACCCUGGCUUUCGUUUCAGCCCACUACGACGAUUUUGCAGAUUGUCGCUUUUGCUACACUCAACCUGUUGCUGAUUUCCAUAUCAAGCUUACGAGUAGUGACUCUUGGAAGUAUUGUUUUUCCAUAUUGGAAAGAAAAAGAAUACGCAAUUGCAGAACAUAAAAUCAAUCCUAGGUCUGUGCUACAUAACUCUUCAAGGAUUUUAGGCCAGUAUACUGUACAGAUCCUUCCAGAGGGAACUGCAAAGCUAAAUCCUGAUAACCAACAUUUCUGUUUACCUGAAAAUGGCAAAAAUGACUUUGUGGAAUUCGCGGUUCAGUUUAAUUCAACCACCCCAAAAUCAAUCGUGUAUUCCUAUAGAGACUUUUCCUCUGAUUUAGAAAGUGAAACUGAGCUUUCUGGCCGUGCUUUAAAAAAGCUUGUCACGACAAGCAUACGAAAUCCUAAAGAUCCUCGUUUACAGACUAUUUAUAUUAAGGCUAACAAACGUGGUUUGUAUAAACUUAAAAAAGUGGUCGAUAAAUCAAAUUUGGGUGUUCGGGUUGUGCGCUCUGAAGCUGUGGUAGUUAGUUGCCCUUCAGCAGCUUUAACCUCAUCUAAAUUUAGUGUCCACACUCAUGAAAAAUGUGUGGGUGACGAAGAUUCGAUCGAGUUAGACGUAAUUGGUGUACCUCCCUUAAAGCUUUCCUACAAAACAUGGGACGGAAAGCGAUCCAACACUUACUUUAUCGAUUCCGUUGUUCCAAAGGAUUAUCGUUUGCAUCCUUUGAUGCUUUCAAACAAUCCUAAAGACAUCGCCUUUUAUAAAGGUUUGGAUAUGCAGUAUGCGAAAUCUUCUGAAGUUCAAAUUCCUAUUGGCACCCCGUUAGAAACUUACGGGGAGUGGUUAUAUGCCAUUGAAAAUGUCACUGAUGUCUUUGGAAAUACUUACGUAUUUCCUUCGGUUGAAGAAUUUUUUGCAAAAUAUUCCAACAAUGAAGAUGAGUCCGACCAAUUGUCUGAUCACACUUACAAGGUUUUAGUUCAUCAGAGACCCGAGGUCAAAUUCCGUGAAUGUUCACUUGAAAAUCCUGCCAAUCUUUUUCCAGGAAAAGAUGUUUCUUUGUCAAUCGCUACAUCUUAUAAUUUAGCAGACGACUUGGAAGUUUCACUUGGUCGAUAUGAUUUAGGUUUAGACCCACAAAAUCUAACAGUUGCUCCCAACUCUCAAGAUACUUAUAAACUAGAGCCUCAUUCGCCUUCUGUCAAAGUUAAAGAAACAGGCAUUUAUGUGCUUUCUGGAGUUUCUUCAAAAUAUUGCUCAGGAGACGUUUUAGUGCCUAAUACGUGCUUGGUUGUGACACCACCAGAAACCAAGCUACAUGUUGGCUUCGAGGAAAUAUCGGAUCAGUGCGCCGGCUCUAUAGGUGCGCGUGCCGAUCUUGAGUUUGAAGGCACGCCUCCCUUUAAGGUCGCUUACCGGAUGAUCAAAGACAAUAAAGCCUCCCGUAUACAAUAUAUCACGACCGAUCGCACUCGCUAUCAAUUGAACUUUACUCCUAAGAGGUCAGGAAAGUACCGAUAUGUUAUUUUAGGGGUUGAAGACGCCAACUACGGAUACAAAGAACUUUCUGGCUCAGCUUACAGUAAAGAGCAAACUGUUUUCCCUUUGGCCGAUGCCGCAUUCGAAGAAAAUACAAACGGAGAAAUGAGUUCGAUAGUAAAGAGCUGCUGUAUUGGUGAUACUAUAAAGAUUCCCGUCUCAUUGGUUGGUUCUUCUCCAUGGAAGCUUGAAUACGAAAUUCUUAGAAAUAACAAACGCGAAAGCAUUCAAGUUGUUGAGUCUAAAAAUCAACGGUAUAUGAUAGAGACACCAGCACUUAUCCAUGGUUCUCAAUACACCAUUACCUUAGUAAGCGUUGAAGAUGCGAAUGGUUGUAAGCGGGCUUUGAAUACUGCUGACACGAUAAUAAAAGUACGUAGACAAAGGCCAACUGCUACGUUUUAUUCCUCUGAUGGAAACUAUCGUUUAGAGUCUGUGCAAAAUUCCAUGCUGUCAAUUCCUUUGCGACUUGCUGGCGAACAGCCUUGGUUUAUCGAAUAUGAUCAUGUAUCUCCCGAUGGCAAACCUACUCGCUAUCAAGCUGUUUUCCAUGACCCCAAUAGCCAUCUUAACGUCAAUAAAGCAGGAACAUACUCGCUAGUUUCCGUUAGGGAUAGCUCUUGCCCAGGUUCUAUUCAAAAUCCUCUACAAGCGUAUGAAGUUGAGUGGCUUCCUAAGCCUUCUUUGUCUAUGCCUUUGAAGGCUUCUUGGAAGACCUCACAUGCCUACCAUUACGAACAGGAACCUGUUUGUGCUGGUGAGGGUAGUGCAUUUGAUAUUGAGCUUAAUGGAGCUAGUCCUUAUGUUCUAGAGUAUGAAAAAUCACUUGUUGAUGAAAAUGGCAGACACCACUCGGCUCAACGAUCAGAAGUAUCUACUAUGCAAAAUGGCGUUUUACUAAAGACGGAUACAUCACACUUUGGUACGUAUAAGUAUGAGUUCCUUCGACUGUCGGAUGCCCUGUACGACAAAGUGGAGGCACGUACAGUUGAUGAAUGGGGUUCUCACAAAUUAAUAAUUCACCAGAAGGUGAAUAAAUUACCGGUGGCUUCGUUUAUGGAGUCCAAUAAGCUUUACACAUUCUGUAUACAUUCGGACAGUAACUAUUUAGAAGAACAACAGAUUGGUGUUAAGCUGAAUGGAAAGGGGCCGUUUGCUAUGGGAUUUGAAAUAAAAAACGAAAUGACGGGAGCUGUGAAUAAAAUAACAGUGAAUGAAGUGUAUGGACCGGUUUACAAGUUUAUAUUUCCCAAGGAUCAAUUAACACUUGGAAAACAUACAGUGCGCUUACUGCAUGUACGUGAUGGCAAUGGAUGUCAAUCAAGUAUACCCAAGGAAGAUCCCAUUGUAACGGUUAGUGUUGCAGAAAAGGCUUCUAUGGUUCCGAUAGAAUCCCAUGAAUACUUUUGUGUGGGCGAUCGACUUUCUUAUGCUUUGCAAGGAGCGCCGCCCUUUGAAAUUGAUUAUGAAUUCAAUGGCAACAAAAAACAUGCAAAGAGUAACCAACACAUUUUUACAAGGAUAGCCGAGUUCCCUGGUUUGGUCACCAUGAAGUCAAUAUCAGAUCAUGGUAGUCCUUGCCGCGCUGAGCUUGAUCCCCCAAUUCAAAAUCGAGUGUACGACAUUCCUACAGUAAAGGUUAGUGACGGUGGAGAGGUGAUUGAAAACAUUCAUGAAGGCGAUCAAGCGGAGAUUUCGUUCCACUUUACAGGUACGCCACCCUUUUCUUUUACAUACUGUCGAAAAGCCAUAGGAAGGAAAGGACCUGGCAAAAUUUUGGAAAUGCACACAAUCACUGGAAUUUAUGAUUAUGAAUAUAAGGUAUUAAGUUCAACGGAAGGUGUCUAUACAGUGUUAAGCGUCCAAGACAAGUAUUGUCGCUAUCCUCGUGAUUCAUCUCCCUUGAGUACAUAA